AUGUGGUUAGUUUCUUUCCUAUUCGUGCUGUUUGUUGUUUCCAUUGAUGGAACAGAACGAAAAACUUACGAGCAAAAAUUAUCAGCAGUGGAUACUGAAAUCACCUCUUUUGCUCACAAAGCAUUGUCAGAACAUUUCCGAAAUGAUAGACAAAUGCGUACAACGCAUAUUGUUCAAAUCAAAACCGCUGUUGACAUAGAAAACAGUCGUCAAAUCUACACAGUCCAUUUCCAAGUCACAUCAAGUGAUAACGAUAUCAAAUACGAAUGUCCGGUAGCCGUUUAUGACGAUCCUAUUGGACAUAUACGAGCAUUAGUUCGUGCAAUCGUUUGUAUUUCGCUGGAACAAGAUUCUCACAAUGAACAAUUAAUCGGUGGAGAUGUGCAACGUAAUGCAAAUAAGAUUCCAUACCCAUUUGUGUCCGGAACUAAAAUUCCUAUCGAGCAUACUUCGAUUGACGAAGUCGGCGAAUAUGACACGUAUUUAUUCGAGCGCUUUCAAAGACUUCAUCAAAAAUUCUAUAUGGAUGACAAAGAAAAAGAAAAACGAUUUCAAGUUUUCAAACAUAACUUAAACCGAAUUGAACAGUUCAACGAGCAAGAAGAAGGCACGGCUAUUUACGGAAUAACACACUUGAGUGAUCUGAAUGAGGAAGAAUAUACUCAAUACCAUUUAAAUGAACGUCUUUCCUUGUCCAAAGAUAUCCGCGUACAAUCGGCAGAAUCGCGCAACGAUCCGCUACAAGUCACACCGGACGCGUUCGAUUGGCGUAAUCACAGUGCUGUUACUGAUGUGAAGAAUCAAGGUCAAUGUGGUUCAUGUUGGGCAUUCAGCGUCACCGGAAAUAUCGAAGGUGUUUGGAAAGCAAAAAAAGGCGAUCUGAUCUCUUUGUCCGAACAAGAAUUGGUCGAUUGUGAUAAGGUCGAUGAAGGCUGCAAUGGUGGAUUUAUGACAGAUGCUUAUGGGCAAAUCAUCAGCAUGGGCGGAUUGAUGACAGAAGAUGACUACAAUUAUGUGAAUAUAACAUCAGAUGAAAAUGGUAUGGCAGAAUGGUUGGCAACGAAUGCACCGAUCUCAAUUGGCUUGAACGCUAACAUGAUGCAGUUCUAUUUCCGUGGUGUUGCUCAUCCUCGACGUGCCUUUUGCAAUCCACAAGGUUUAAAUCAUGGUGUUCUACUAGUCGGUUAUGGCGUCGAACAGAAAAGUUCGAAGUCAAUUCCAUUUUGGAUUAUCAAGAAUAGUUGGGGUGCACAUUGGGGUGAAAAGGGUUAUUACCGUUUAUAUCGUGGUGAUGGCACAUGUGGUGUGAAUUUGAUGUGUUCAUCAGCAAUUGUGAAUUGA